CUGACUUACGUUGAGCGAGCUGCCGCUUCCCCUUCGAAGCCAGUUCAGGAAGUGCCCUCCCUUCCCCUCUGAAGCACUCUCUCAGCCUCUAGCCCCUUGCAAGCCACCCACCAGGCUUCUUGUCAUCUUCAGCACCCUGGGGCACCUCAGGACUCUUGGGGUUCCUACUCCCCAGGAGCAGGCAAUGGAGGCAGAUGCCGUGAGUGAAGGUGGGGCUAUGGCGGAGGAGCGGCCUCCCCGCUUGGUGGAUUACUUCGUGGUGGCUGGGCUUUCUGGAAACGGACCACCCAUACCUGAGGAGACUUGGGUUCCUGAACCUACUCGGCCCCUGCGCCCUCCCCGGCCAGCUGACCCUAUUACAGAUGUGGCAGUCAUUGCUAGGGCACUGGGUGAGGAGGUGCCCCAGGGCUAUACAUGCAUCCAGACUUCUGCUGCUGGUCACCCUUUAGAGCUCAGCGCUGGGCUUCUGGGUGGAACUCAGCCCGUCAUCUGCUACCGCAGGGGGCGUGACAAGCCCCCCCUCGUUGAGCUGGGGGUGUUUUAUGAAGGGAAGGAGCGACCCAAGCUUGGGUUCCAAGUGCUUGACACCACACCGUACAGCCACUCAGCUAACCUGGCCCCUCCAGGCCCUGGGCACCCCCGCACCUACCUCACCUACCGGCGGGCGGCAGAGGGGGCGGGGCUCCACGCCCUGGGCAUCACCGACCUCUGCCUGGUUCUGCCCAGCAAGGGUGAGGGCACGCCUCAUACUUACUGCCGCUUACCCCGCAAUCUCAACCCUGGCAUGUGGGGCCCAGCAGUGUACCUGUGCUACAAGGUGGGCCUGGCCAAGGCCAACACACUGGUGUAUGAGGCAGAGCUGCUGGGCCGUUACCCAGAGGAAGACAAUGAGGCAUUCCCGCUACCUGAGUCAGUGCCAGUCUUCUGCCUGCCCAUGGGGGCCACUAUCGAGUGCUGGCCUGCCCAGACCAAGUACCCGGUUCCUGUCUUCUCCACCUUUGUGCUCACGGGUGCUGCUGGUGAUAAGGUGUAUGGUGCCGCUUUGCAGUUCUAUGAAGCGUUCCCGAGGGCCAGGCUGUCAGAGAGGCAGGCACGGGCACUGGGCCUGCUGAGCGCUGUGGAACGGGGCCGGGCGCUUGGGGGCCGGGCAGUGCGAAGCCGGCGAGCCAUUGCUGUGCUGUCCCGCUGGCCUGCCUUCCCAGCCUUCCGAGCCUUCCUCACUUUUCUUUACCGUUACUCCGUCUCAGGCCCCCAUCGGCUGCCCUUGGAAGCGCACAUCUCCCACUUCAUUCACAACGUCCCCUUCCCUUCCCCACAGAGACCACGCAUCCUAGUGCAGAUGUCUCCCUAUGACAACCUGCUCCUCUGUCAACCCGUCUCCUCACCCCUGCCCCUCAGUGGUGCUAGCUUUUUGCAGCUGCUGCAGAAUCUGGGCCCGGAAUUGGCUGUUACGUUGCUGCUGGCCGUGCUCACAGAGCACAAGCUGCUGGUCCACUCGCUGCGGCCGGAUCUGCUCACCAGCGUCUGUGAGGCCCUUGUCUCGAUGAUCUUCCCGCUGCACUGGCAGUGCCCCUACAUUCCGCUGUGCCCACUGGUGCUGGCGGACGUGCUGAGUGCCCCUGUGCCCUUCAUCGUGGGUAUCCACUCCAGUUAUUUUGAUCUGCACGACCCACCCGCUGAUGUCAUCUGUGUCGAUCUUGAUACUAAUACACUCUUCCAAACGGAGGAAAAGAAGCCCCUCUCUGCUAGGACCUUGCCCCGAAAACCGUACAAGCUUUUGCUGGCCACACUGACAAAUCUGUAUCAACAGCUGGACCAGACUUACACUGGACCAGAGGAGGAGGCCUCCCUGGAAUUCCUGUUGACAGACUAUGAGGCAGUGUGUGGCCGCCGGGCACGCUUGGAGCGGGAAGUCCAGGGAGCCUUCCUGCGCUUCAUGGCCUGUCUGCUCAAAGGCUAUCGGGACUUCCUGCGCCCUCUCACCCAAGCCCCCUCUGAGGGGUCUCGUGACGUAGACAACCUUUUCUACCUUCAGGGCUUCCUCAAGUCCCGAGAGCGCUCGAGCCACAAGCUGUACGCUCAGCUGCUCCGCACACAGAUGUUCUCUCAGUUCAUCGAGGAAUGUUCCUUCGGCUCUGCCCGACACGCCGCCCUGGAGUUCUUUGAUUCUUGUGUUGACAAGGUCCACCCAGAGCAGGAGAAGCCUGAGGCAACGCCCUUAGUGGAGCUGGAGGAGCUGUCCGGAAGUGAGCUCACUGUCUUCAUCACACCCCCGGAGGAGCCGCCAGUGCUGGAAGGCAGUGAAUCCACUCCCCAGUACUGUUAUGAUGGGUUUCCAGAGCUAAAAGCUGAGCUAUUUGAGUCUCCUCAGGAACAACAGGGGGCCCUCCCUGUGCCAGGCCCAUCCCGUAGUGCCCCCAGCAGUCCUGCACCUCGCCGGACUAAACAGGAGAUGAAGGUGGCACAACGGAUGGCACAGAAGUCAGCCACUGUGCCUGAGCUGUGGGCCCGGUGCCUACUGGGUCACUGCUAUGGACUGUGGUUCUUGUUUCUACCCGCUUACGUGCGUUCGGCAUCCUCCCGGGUGCGGGCAUUGCAUACAGCCUACCAUGUGCUGCGUGAGAUGGAGAGCCGCAAGGUGGUGCUUCCUGAUGAGGUGUGUUACCGGGUGCUAAUGCAGCUCUGCUCACACUAUGGGCAGCCUGUGCUGUCUGUGCGAGUCAUGCUAGAGAUGCGGCGGGCGGGCAUUGUGCCCAACACCAUCACCUAUGGUUACUACAACAAGGCUGUGCUGGAAAGCAAAUGGCCAUCGGGUACGCCAGGUGGACGCCUACGCUGGGCCAAGCUCCGGAAUGUUGUCUUGGGGGCUGCUCAGUUCCGCCAGCCCUUGAAGGACCGACAGCGGCAGCAGCAGCAGCAGCAGCAGCAGCAGCAGCAGCAGCAGCAACAGCAACAGGUGGCCGCGCAGCAAGAGUUGGGCAGCUCUCAAACAGAGCCCUGUCUGGAGCGUCCCUCCCCAACCCGCCCUCUUCAGCGCCAGACUACUUGGGCUGGGCGAAGUCUACGGGAACCAUCGUCACCCAGCGGGCGUCUGGUCAAGAGUGGCAGCCUAGGCAGUGCCCGAGGGGCACAGCCCACUGUGGAGGCUGGUGUGGCUCACAUGAUAGAGGCCUUGGGGGUCCUGGAGCCCCGUGGAUCACCUGUGCCUUGGCAGGAUGGAAGUCUCUCAGACCUGAGUCUGACAGGGGAGGAACUGGCACCUGGCGGCAGCCCAGGGGGCUCAGGCUCAGCCCUGAGUGCCCAGUCCACUGAGACCCUAGAAGGGAUAAGUGGCCGGGCUUCCAAAACUAGCGGGUUUCAGGAGGAGGCCGGCACCCCCAGAAAAGGGCUGGGUGCCCGCCUCCAACAGCUGCUCACCCCUUCCCGCCGCUCCUCUGCUUCCCGCGUCCCCGCAUCUGAGUUACCCCCUGACCUGCCUCCCGCGGCUCGCCGAAGUCCCAUGGAUAGCCUCCUGUGGCCCCGAGAGCGUCCUGGAUCCACUGCUUCUGAGAGUUCCGCUUCUUUGGGCAGCGAGUGGGACCUCUCAGAGUCUUCUCUCAACAGCCUGAGUCUUCGCCGCUCCUCAGAGCGACUCAGCGACACCUCUGGAGCCGUCCAACCACCUUCCCUGGAAAUUCUCAUGUCUAGCUGCUCCUUGUGUCGUGCCUGUGACUCCCUGGUGUACGACGAGGAAAUCAUGGCUGGCUGGGCACCCGAUGACUCUAACCUCAACACAACCUGCCCCUUCUGCGCCUGUCCCUUUGUGCCCCUGCUCAGUGUCCAGACUCUUGAUUCUCGACCCAGUGCCCCUAGUCCAAAGUCUGCCCCUGCUGAUGCCAGUGGCAGCAAAGAUGCUCCGGUCCCUGGUGGUCCUGGCCCUGUGCUCAGUGACCGGAGGCUCUGCCUUGCCUUGGAUGAACCCCAGCUCUGCAAUGGGCAUGUGGGGAGCGCUUCCCGGCGAGUUGAGAACGGGGCCUGGGCGUACCUGAGCCCUCUGGUGCUGCGGAAGGAGUUGGAGUCUCUGGUAGAGAAUGAGGGUAGCGAGGUGUUGGCAUUGCCUGAGCUGCCCGCUGCCCACCCCAUCAUCUUCUGGAACCUCCUGUGGUAUUUCCAGCGGCUACGCCUGCCUAGUAUUCUCCCAGGCCUGGUGUUGGCCUCCUAUGAUGGGGCCCCACCCAGCCAGCUUUCCCAAGGACCACCGCCUUGGCUAACCCCUGAUCCAGCCUCUGUGCAUGUGCGUCUGCUGUGGGAUGUCCUGACCCCUGACCCCAACAGCUGCCCGCCUCUCUAUGUGCUCUGGAGGGUCCACAGCCAGAUCCCACAGCGGGUGGUGUGGCCAGGCCCGGUACCCUCAUGCCUUAGCUUGGCAUUGCUGGAGUCAGUGCUGCGCCACGUCGGACUCAAUGAGGUUCACAAAGCUGUUGGGCUCCUGCUGGAAACGCUAGGGCCCCCUCCCACUGGCCUGCACCUGCAGAGGGGAAUCUACCGUGAGAUCUUAUUCCUGACAAUGGCUGCUCUGGGCAAGGACCACGUGGACAUAGGGGCCUUUGACAAGAAGUACAAGUCUGCCUUCAACAAGCUGGCCAGCAGCACGAGCAAGGAGGAGCUGAGGCAGCGGCGGGCCCAGAUGCCCACCCCUAAGGCCAUCGACUGCCGGAAAUGUUUUGGAGCACCUCUGGAAUGCUAG